UUGGUUGGUGCGGAUCGGGGUAUACUACCCGGGUAAAAUUGGACCCUUGAGUUGUUCAACCUUUGCCAACGAUGUUGGUUCGUACAAUACAACAGUGGUCUGAACUGAAUGCAGUUCAGAGAGCUUAACUCGUACUCGUGCUUAAUAUUUGAGUGCGGGAUGUGCAGUAGGACAAAAUAGUGGUGGUUUGGUUGCAAAUGCAUUUGUACUACUGCAUAGAAGUCGUUAUACGUACACUUUCUGUAAGUAAUAAGAAAGAAGAAAGGUCUAAGUGAGUGAGUUGACGGACACUGUAAAAUUAUAGGAUAAGAGGAAAAAGGAAUAAAUGGUGAGUUCACUGCGGUAUUUUCCAUCAGUCGGUUUGAGUUCUUUUACGAGGAGAGGUGGCUUAAAUUCGUUCAUUCAGUUUGUGCUACCCUACACCCAUUUGCUUACUUCUCUGUAAAGAGAGAGAAGAUUUGCAUCGGUACUGCCUCCUUCGACCCAACAAUAUCCGUACACAAGGACAAGGAACAUCUGCCUCUGACUAAAGUCCCCUAAAAAUGGAGGAGGAGAUUUUCCUAGAAUAGUAAGUGUAUAACCCUUGUGAACUUAAAACUGUUUGGCUAAAUUUCUUUAACACGAGUACGAAAGUAAAACCAUUUACUUAAUCCCACAUGAAAAUGUGAGACGGACAAAAUUAGCCAACUCAGGCACAAAUCCGUAUCAUCGUCGUGUGUGGUCAGUCAAGUGUUAGUGGUUGGUGGACAAUGCAAUCUUCUCACAAUGGCUAAUUUUCCUGGAAUCCAUCUAUAACAAAUAUUACUAAACAUGAGAAACAUUAAGAUGUGGCGGACCCGGCUGCGACCACUGAUUUCAAGUCUGAUCCUAUUCGGUCUGGGGGUCACUACUUGUCUCAUGUUUGUUCAAAUGAGUCAAAACGGACUGGACGGACCUGCCGUUUACACAAAUUCUCAAGAGUAUCAAUCUCCCCAACAACUUCAGCAGACACAACAAGAAGCUCCUUGCGACUCUGCUCCUGCUCUUGGAAAUGUGAUCGCGAGUGGGGAAACUGCUGAUAAGAAGAGACGCAGGGUCAACAGUAUUAUCGGUGGUGAUGCAAAUAAUGAUGGAAGCAGUGAUACGAAAACUAUGAAAAACUCUAACCACAAAAAUAUUCCUGGUGGUGGUGGUACUAAAAUAGGAGGAGGAAAAUAUUUAGCGGAAGCUGUCAUAGCUGACUCGUCCAUUAUGAAAAUUGAUACUUUGAACCCUUCUGAUGCUGCAAAUAGAGGGAUUUUUAUCAAAUCUUCUCAGUCUGAGACAUUAAAUGAUAUUUAUUCAAAUGAUGAAAAUGAUAUUAACGAUGAAAACGGGCCUACCGUGUGGGUGAUAACACCCACAUUUUACAGACCCGAACAGAAACCUGAGCUUACUCGACUUGCCCAAGCAUUACUUCCACUUAAAAAUUUUGUUCACUGGAUUCUCGUCGAAGAUAUUAGUCACGGAAGCGAAUUGAGUUUUAAAGAGUUGGAAACAUUUAUUUCGACUAGAUUUUCUACCAUUAAGCAUACCAUUUUGAAAUCUGUACUUCCCAAAAGUACGACAAAGAUUGUGGGAAGGCCGAGAGGGGUUGGGGGUCGUCGGGCUGCAAUUGACUGGCUGAGGAAACAUUUUGAGCACAAAAAAUCUACGGUUGAGGGUGUGGUGUAUUUUGCCGAUGACGACAACACUUAUGACUCUGACAUUUUUCGGCAGAUGCAGGGGACCAAGAAAGUGUCAAUGUGGCCCGUUGGCCUUGUCACCGACUUUGGUGUGAGCUCGCCAAUCGUCCAAAAUGGAAAAGUGGUGGGCUUCUAUGAUGGUUGGAGUGGGCUUCGAAAAUUCCCCGUGGACAUGGCCGGUUUUGCAAUCAACGUUCAACUUUUCCUUGAUAAACCCGACGCGUCAAUGCCGUGGGUUGCAGGGUAUGAAGAAGACGAAUUACUGAAAAGUCUGGGUAUCACGAUGAAAGACAUUCGACCUUUAGCAAACAAUUGUACUGAGAUUCUUGUAUGGCAUACAAAAGCCAUUCGACACACUUGGCCGAAACGACCAAAAUCUAUGAAACCUGGAUUGUUGACGAGUACAAAUUUACUUCAAUUAUUACAGUCUCUUCCACAAAAAAGUCUUGCGGGGCUGGGUGCCAAUUCCAACAAGGCCGGGACGGGAUUCUCCUUCCUCAACAUGAUCUUUGGGGGUCUCCAGUAAACUAUUGGCUGUGACACGUUCUGCCUAUUUAUCCUGAUCCAAUGGUAGUAAAUGGAGGUUGUUAUAUGAUGACGCAACCCCACGGAUAAGCGAGAUUGGGAUCGGCGUCUUACGUACCAGAUUGCCGUAUCAGCAUACGUACGUAAAUGCUAUGUUAAUUCUCGGGUCAAGAUUCCGAUGACCUCUUCUUCUCUCUUUCUUGUCAGCCUAUAAAUAUCCUAUUUGUAUGUACGUGUUGAUCUGUAAAAUCACUACUUUGAAUUAUACUAUGUAUGUACUUAUUUACACUUGUAUUUGACGAUGAUCUAUACCAAAAAGAGUAUUAUAUAUGUAUUUAUAUAUAUUAUGUUAUUGUCCCGAGUUUCGAUUAAAAUAAUAAGCAAGCAAUUUAUCAAA